GUAUUCGCGCUGUUUUUCAAAAUGAAUUCAUACCAACUCGCCCAACUUUCCAUUCUAGUAAGCUUCAUUUCUACUACAAAGGGCUCUUUUCUAUGUUCUCCUCACCUUCUUUCGGACCCUUCAUGGCUAUCUGCUUUAAUCGCCGUUUACGUGUGCAAGGCCAGGGCGGCAUCGUGGUACGCAAAAAUGUCUAUGUGCCCACCAGAAUUACAAGCUGUCUCCGGUUGGUUGGUUCCGUCGCCGGGUCAUUCGAGGAGAAUGUGCCGAGUUUUAACCACGGAGUUCCUUUGGCAUACAGUCCGCCUCACGCUACCUCCCAAGAAGAAGACGCCAUGUAAAGAAGGCAAGAUAUUGAUCCUUGGAGAGCAGUCGGUUCCAGAGGUCCACCAAGAUCUCUUAAAAAAAGGACCGAAGUUUUGCUUUGAGCCAGGGUUGGACCGGGUAGAUAAACUGGUUUUAUCACGGUCUGUGUCACGGCGGGUCGCGGAGGAACAAAGGCCCAGAUGCAUCGAGGAGUGCGUGGGGAUUUUGUCAAGUUAUCUGACAAGUAAUGGGUUGCGUAUUCUGUUGUCCGACAAAGAGGGCUUUUUUGUUAUUCUGCCGGAAGGUAAUUUUGAUGAGAAGGCUAACGCAGCUGUACAAAAGAACUUUAGGCAGGUCAAGGAACAGCCACAAAAGGUUAAAGCUAAAGCCUUGCAGCUUCUAGGUAGCUUAAACCUGGAAAGGGUCUUAGCUGAAGCCAAGAAAGAGAAAAACCUUAUGUUAGAGGUAUUUUUUACUGCAAAGACGCAUAAACCAGAAAUACCAUUCCGCACAGUAGUGUCGGAGCGAGAUUCCUGGCUCAGGGCAGUUUCAGGAUAUCUGCAAGUCCACCUCAACUCACUGCAGAUUGAUGACCCUUUUAACAUUCCAAACUCGACGUCUGUUAUAAAAUUCUUAAAAGACAACAACCCAGCAAAAUCUAGCGCAUUUAGCAUAGAUGUGGAAGAGUUAUAUUACUCUAUGCCCCAUCAUGAGCUCAUGAAGAGCGUAAAAGGAUGUAUUUUUGAACUCAACGAUGAAACGAGGUUUAGGACCAAAAGUGGAGUCUCAGUUGAAGGGUUCCUAGAGCUUUUGUCUAUGUAUCUAAAAUCCACGUUUAUCGAUUGGCAGGACAACGUUUAUGUACAAAAGUCAGGUGUAUGUAUAGGUUCAAGAGUGGCCCCUAUGCUGAGCAGUAUUUUUUUAGGUAAAGUUGAUAGGGCCCUUGAGCACAGGCUGGCGAACAACACCAAAAAGGUUGUCAGAUAUGUAGAUGAUUACCUGGUUUUCGUAGAAAAAAACAAUUUUAGUAGAACAAUGAGCGAAGUGUUAAAGACGUUCGCGGAGGAAGGGUUAGGACUCCGCUUCACUUCCGAGACUCCUAAGGAGCACAAAAUCCAGUUUUUAGACAUCCAAAUUGACGUGAAAGAAGAUCACGUAUGUUGGAUGCACCACCCCAGAUCCACGAAGAAACUACUAGACUAUCGUUCAGCACACUCAAAGCUCGUAAAAAACGGUAUUACGUAUUCC